CUCUCUCUCUUGCCCAAACCGUAAACCUUCCGAUAUUCCAAUUUCUCAACCUUCCUCAAAACGCCAAUUCAAUGAUCGGAACCCUAACUCUCCCUGCCGGAACUCCCCUUCGAUUUCCCCGGGAGAACCGCCCCUCUCUGCCCCGAUCUAGCCCUAAAACCUCCUUCACCGGCAAAAACCAGUGCAAAGCUUCGAUUCACGCCUUCGCCGACACAGCUCCGGCUGAGAUCGAUACGAGGACUCUAGGGAGCCUCUACGAGGUGUUGAAGGUGAAGAGAAGUGCGUCACCGAUGGAGAUCAAGACGGCGUACCGGAACUUAGCGAAGAUGUACCACCCGGACUCGGCCUCGCAAUCCGAGUCCUCUGAUGGCCGCGACUUCAUCGAGAUUCACAACGCCUACGCCACACUUUCCGAUCCGGCGGCGAGAGCGCUCUAUGAUCUCUCUUUGGGUGCCGGAUCGGGACGCCGACUGUUUGGAUACGACUCUAUUGGGAAUCGUUCCGGAUUUUACCCGACCCGGAGAUGGGAAACGGACCAAUGCUGGUAGCUGUAGGAUUUUUUUUCCCUUUUUUUUUCGGGAAAAUAAUAUUUUCAGCCGAAUGAGUAUUAGCCACGUCACAUGUACAUAUUGAAUGACGUGGCACAGGUAGAGAAAAAGUAUGUAAAUUUCGCAGCCAAUUCUCUUCCUACACGAGGGAGGAAAAAAAAAGAAAGUAAAUAUAUAUAUUAUUUAU